AGAUGCUAUAUAAUCUGCAAAAUAUGAAAUGUAUAUCGCAGUUUAAAUCAAAGCAGAGUAUUUCUUCGGUUAUCAUGAAAAUCCUUUUGAUAUUUAUUUGUUUGUUCUGCAAGGCAAGUGGUUUGAUAAAUUUUACAUUUUCUAAAAAUGCAACUGAAGUUUCCAUUGGUCUAGCUGAAAUAAUCAAUGGAUUAAAUCCUUCGCAAUUAGCAAUUUUUAUAGAUUGCACGUAUCAAUUUGAUGAAAUUGAUGAAUUUGUUUAUUUAAUACAUAAACGGUAUUAUAAGUCGGUGGUUUUCUAUGAUAAUGAGCAAUAUUUUCAAUUUAUUGAAAACGGUAUUCAUAGUUCGAUUGAAAGUUUUAGUUUGAUAUUUGGUAAACCUUUUGAUUUGGCAAAACAAAUUCAUAAGCGUAAACUUGCCCAUCGACUUAAUUUGUUUAUAUUUUACUGGGGUGCUAAACGUGCUCCAAAGGAUUCUGAUGUUCAAUUUGAGGAACCAAUGCGAGCGGUUGUUAUAACAAGACCGAGGAAUAAAGCUUUUCGAAUUUACUAUAGUCAAGAUAGUCCAACGGAAUCAGGAAAGUUGAAGCUCGUUAAUUGGUUUGAUGCCGAAAGUCUUGGACUCUAUCAUACGCCAUUAUUGCCAUCUUCGGCUAUGGUCUAUUCAAAUUUAGCUGGCAGAGUUCUUCGCGUUCCAGUUUUUCACUCUCCACCAUGGUUUUGGGUGAAUUACGAAAACGACACUGUAAAUUUUGAAGAAUGGGAUUACGAUACUGAUUUAAGCUUAGAUACAACUGAUUACAGAGAAGUGAAUGUAACGGGUGGAAGAGAUCAUCGUUUGCUAACUUUAUUGGCAACCAGUAUGAAUUUCAAUUUUGUUUAUAUUGAUACGCCUGGCAGAACUCAAGGAUCACUUAGGACAGAUGAUGAAAGUAAUACAUCUUUUACUGGUGGCAUAGGACUUUUACAGGAACGGAGAGCUCACUUGCUUCUUGGAGACGUUAGUCUUAGUUGGGAAAGAAGACGAGCGGUUGAGUUUUCAUUUUUUACACUAUCAGAUUCUGGAGCAUUCGUUACUCAUGCUCCACGUCGACUAAACGAGGCAUUAGCAGUGUUGAGACCUUUCAAAAAGGACGUCUGGCCGUAUUUAAUACUAACUCUUGUACUUUCAGGACCAAUGUUGUACAUGAUUAUUGCAAUUCCCUACAAGUUGUCAUUUCAGAAAAACAAGUUUGGUAAAAUGCUAUUUUAUGCGGAGUAUUUAAAUGAAAUUACUCCUAUAAGUCCAAAAAUAACCGCAGAUGGAGAACAUCAAGAACGAAAUGAAGAAAUGCCAAUGAAUUUAUUAGAUCGAUGCAUAUGGUUUACAGUGCAAUUGUUUUUAAAACAAUCAUGUUCGGAGCCUUAUAACGGUUAUAGAGCUAAAUUUUUAAUGAUUGUAUUCUGGAUUUCGGCUACGUAUGUCCUUGCUGAUGUCUAUUCUGCCCAACUAACUUCACAGUUUGCUAGACCAGCUCAUGAACAGCCAAUUAAUAACUUACAAAAGUUACACAGGGCUAUUCUGCGUGAUGGUUAUCGGUUGUAUGUGGAGAAAGAUAGUUCAUCACUUGAAAUGCUUCAGAAUGGAACUGAGAUAUUUCGAAAUUUAUAUGCACUCAUGAAACAACAAGUGGACUAUGAAGGUUAUUUAAUUGAUUCGGUUGAAUCUGGAAUCAAACUCAUCGCAGAUGGUUUAGAGAACAAAGUGGUUAUGGGAGGACGAGAGACUCUUUACUUUAACAUGAAACAAUUUGGAUUUAAAACGUUUCAACUGAGCCAGAAAUUGUAUACAAGGUACUCUGCAGUAGCUGUUCAACUUGGUUGUCCCUUUCUUGAUAGUCUUAACAAUGUAUUAAUAAGACUUUUCGAAGGUGGAAUUCUUGACAAAAUGACUAAUGCCGAAUAUGAAGCGCUAUCUCGUUUAGUCAAUGUCAAGGGAUUGAUGAAAAAAUUUGAACAACAAGAUGGUACAACUAACAAUGCUGCCGCCGCAGCUGACAACAAUAAGGAAAAUAAAAAUAACAAAAAUGAGAGCUCUGAUUACAUUAUACAACCAAUCAAUCUGCGAAUGUUACAGGGAGCUUUUAUAGCACUUUCUUUUGGAUGGGCAUUUGCUGGAGGAAUUUUUCUCUUUGAAAUUUUCUUUGGAAGCAAAUAUUUUGUUAUGUUGAAAAGACAAAAUGUGUGUUUAGAAGAAAAAUGGAAGAAAUUUAAAAUGUUUUUUAAAUUUUACUGGAAACGAUAUUUUAUAAAUUUAGUGAGAUUUUUAUAUAAUAAGAGAAAGUGAAGCAUAUUUGCUGCAUGUAUUUGCUACUCCACGAAUUAG